AUGGACAAUCGACUAUCCUUUGAUAACCAUGUAGUUGAGUUAAAAAAGAAAUGUUUCAGAACCCUACGGAAUAUAAGAAAGAUACGGUUUCUUCUUACUUUCGAUCAAAUUAAAACUGUGGUUAAUAGUCUGGUGGUUUCCUGCCUUGAUUACUGCAAUGGCCUCUUCUUCGGUGCAACUGAAAAAGUAUGGCACCAGCUACAGUUAAUUCAAAACGCUGCAGCCAACGCUGUCACCGGUAAAUAUAAACAUGAUCAUGGAUGAUGACCUAAAGAAACUCCAUUGGCUGGAUGUCCGAAAACGUGUGGUGUUCAAGCUAGCACUGCUUGCUCACAAGGCGAUUGUAGGAUCUGCCCCAGAAUACCUCCAAGAAAUGUUUCGGUACUCCCAUCAUGGUCACUCUCUCAAGUUGAUUGUUCCACACGCUUCUUCGUUAGCAGGCCAAAGAUCUUUCAGCGUGAUAGGUCCCAAAAUCUUCAACAACCUUCCUCUGUCUGUUCAAAGCUGUUCUACUAGUAACAGCUUCAAAUCGGCCCUCAAGACUUAUCUGUUCAGUUUAUCAACUCAGGAUUUGGAAAAACUUUACUCAUGAACUCGAGACUCUAGGUUACUGAGUUAUAUUAUUAUAUCGUGUAUUGCCGGGAAGGCUGUUAAUUUAGGAUAGAGUUUUUGUGGCACUUAUCUUUUUGUUCUUUUGUAGUUUUUCUCACACAGCUGAGUAAAAGUUUUUUAACUUAAAAGCAGUGUUUAUAAUUCAAUUUAUUAUUAUUGUUUUAAACAACCGUUUUAAAAUAAUCAUAUGCAUCGAUAUUUGAUAUUCCAGAUAAUUUUAAUAACAAUUAAAAAAUAGAUGUUACAAAAUAACAACUUGGUUUUGCAGGGUAGCAUGACAAUAUGAUUGAUCUGGUCACCCCAAAGUCUUUGAAGAAGAGUGGCAAAAAGAAAAGUACCUCCAUCGAAUUCGGUAUUUCAUCAGAAAACGUCUUAAAACCCGAUGUCAAAAGGAAACGACAAAAUGAAAGUCUGUCAGAGGAUCUGAACGAACCUGAGUCCACCACUCCCGAUGAAAACUUCAUGUUGCCUGGCGACAUCAAGUUUAUAAAGUCAGAUAAGGCACUAGAAGUUGACGAAAGUACGAUACCCUCAGAUUUAGACGACCCUAACAACAGCCUACCACUUAGUAACCUAAUCGCUUGUAGAAGUAGUCAGGCAGCUCCAGAAAGUGGUCUAAAAUGUGUGUGGUCGCACAAGAGGAAAGUCCUGAAGAAGAACAGUAAAACUUGCAGAUGUUAUUCAGAGUUGGAGCAGCAGACUUUAGCUCGGUUAAACUCUAUUAAAGUUUUGAAAUCCAAGAAAAGAUUUGUGGAACACUUCACUGAAUUCGAGAAACAGGCAUCGGAUGUUCAAUGCGAGUAUCCGUACUGUAAGCGACUUGAUCCAGUUCCUGCGUCGCAACGUACAGUUUCCUGUAAGCUGGUGAAGAAGAGUAAACGACACAAGUUGUGUAAGAAAACACGGACAUCUCAGCUGCUUGUUGGGAGUAAGAGGGUCAGGGGUGAGGGGCUGAGAAAAGUGCGUUUGUCGUCGUACUUUAUAAACGAAGUGGUGAGGUUAAUGUUGGAUAACCCGACCGUUUGGUGCCUGGAUACUCUCAACAGACUACUCAAAACUAAACAACUUAAUUCUAGCAUAACACGUGACGUGGCUCGUGUGUUUCUGGACAGACAAGAUGUGCUCGGUUUACAAAGUUUGGUCAGAAAUACCCGAACUUGCAGCGAGAAACAUGUGGCGGAGGUCAUACAUUCUGUACUUAUGAGUCCGGUAUUCUCCCCUACUAACAAAGUAGAUGGUAAAGAUAAGCACACUCUGGACCAAAUGUUGGGUGUUUUGCUGUCGCUUCCGUUUGAGAGCUCCGCAAUGAAGCGAAAUAUAAAACUGUUUAUUACUCCUCAGCAGGCUAAGGUACUACUGACCUUUAUUUACGAACAACUUCUCAAUUCGAGACCUGUUCACUCAGCACGGCCUACAUUUGAUCAGGUUGUACAUUGGUGCGACUCUAUAGUCGAGGUGUACUUUUCAACUCUCGUUACUGAAACGGAGCUCGUCAGAAAAAUCAACAACUCCAUCAACCAACAUAUACAUUCCUGUCGCAGUAUGUUUGCUCUGAAUGAAUUCCUCUUCCGAAUAAAGCAUUCCAAAAAGUUCAGUCACUGAUAAAAUAUCGCGCAAUUAAAAAGAUAAAAUUUCUGGGUUUUAUCUUUAAAUUAAAGCGGAUUUUCCUAAAACAGACAGUAUCCUUUUUUCCAAAAUAAGUUGUUUAUAAAGUUUAGCGGUCAUUAUUAAUUAUUAGAUAUUAAAUGCGAGAUCAAAAUUGUUACCACAACCGAUAUAUUUACGAGGAGUACAAGUUUAUCAAGUCAAAACCUAGAUAGUAUCUAGAUAAUACCUAGAUACUAUCUAGAUUUUAUAUAUACAUAAUAAGGAGCAGGUGGUUUCAAAAGAUGUUUGCUCGGACCAACGGUAGAAAUUAUUUUAUUAUAUUUUACUGUACAGUUCAUUGGCACAACUUUUACCACCACUACUAGUUAUAGAAUUAGAAGGACGGCAUUUAAUCUAAAUUAUUUUAGGUGACACUUUAGUUUUUGACGGAUUACAUUAUCCAACGUUUUUUGGAAGAGAUCCGCUGUUUUAAAUUGGGCUAUUUUAAUUUUUAGAGACUGUUGAAUUGAGCUUAUUUUAUAUAGGGACAUCCAUUUGUGACUCUUUUUAUCAUCAUAAACGGUAAUUUAUUCAUUUAAA